AUGGGCAAUGGCAUCACCAAGAACCCAUGCUUCUCCGGCGACCCGUUCGCCGCCGCCGUCGCGUCGGACCCGCUCCCGGACGACAGCCAUGGUCACUCCUUCACCUACGUGCCAUCGGGCGCCGCCUUCGACCAGCCCCCGGCGGCUGCCGCGACGUCGUCGGAGUCGUCAUUCUUCUCUCUGUCCGGCGCCGCCAUCAGCGCCAACCCGGAGACGUCGGCAUCGAUGCCGUCGUUCCGCGCGUUGAACGAGAUGACGUGGCCGCAGUCGACCGCGUGCACGUUCGAGAGCUCGCGGUCCUUCGCCGCCGUUCCUCUCCAGGCGGCGCCGCCCAGGCUUUCCAUGUCCGGGCCGGUCCAGUUCACGUCCGGCCGGUUCUUCGAGACAUCCGGCUCCGCGUCCACCAUCUCCGGCCCGCCCUCGGACUCACCAUUCAUGUCAGGUCCACUUGACCGCUCCUCGUCCACCUCCUCGUCCGUGGCCGUGGGGCUCCAACCGAGCGUUUCUCAGCUCAUCGCUGAGCGCCGCGCCGCGCGCUCCCGCCUCCGUGACGAGCGAUCCCUGCUACGGUUCUUCGUGAGGACCGCCUCCAAACUCCGGCUCGGGUCGCCGCGCUAUGGCCGCCGGCCACAGGAACCUGCUGAGCCGACAAAGGUCUCCUUCAGCGAUGGGGACUACCGCUCGUCGCCGAACGGCGAUGUGGAGUGGGCUCAGGGCAUGGCCGGCGAGGACCGGUUCCACGUCGCGGUGUCCGAGGAGCACGGCUGGGUGUUCGUCGGAAUCUACGACGGUUUCAACGGCCCCGACGCGACCGAUUACCUCUUUGCCAACCUCUACGUCGCCGUGCACAGCGAGCUCAAAGGCGUGCUCUGGGACGACAUCCAAGCCGGCGACGGCGCCAGUUGCGGUCAGCAAGAAGCGGCCGCAGGCAAUGCCGAACGCCUCUGUCUUGCUGAGGCCGACGGCGACAGCGCGGAGGCUAAGCGCAGACGGACGGAAGUGCCUAUGCCAGGCAACAACGCCACGCCGGUGCACCGCGACGUCCUGAGGGCGCUGGCGCGGGCACUGAAGAAGACGGAGGAGGCGUUCUUCGCGGCGGUGGAGGAACGCGCGGCCGAGAGCCCGGAGCUGGGGCUGAUGGGCUCCUGCGUGCUGGUCAUGGUGAUGAAGGGAACUGACGUUUACGUCAUGAACGUCGGGGACAGCCGCGCCGUGCUGGCGCGGAGACCGGAGCCCGACCUGAAGAACGUCCUCGGCAAGGCAUCGCAGGACCUGCAGCAGUUCAAGGCCGAGAUCAUGCGCGAGCUGGAGGCGCACGACAUGGACGGCCUGCAGGCCGUGCAGCUCACCGCAGAGCACAGCACCGCGGUCCAGGAGGAGGUGAUGAGGAUCAAGGGCCAGCAUCUGAAUGAUCGGCACGCCAUAGUCAAUGGCCGGGUCAAGGGGAAGAUCAACGUCACCAGAGCGUUUGGGGUCGCCUACCUGAAGCAGCCCAAGUGGAACAACAGGCUUCUGGAAGCCUUUAGGAUCAACUACGUGGGCACGGACCCGUACGUGACCUGCGCGCCGUCGCUGUGCCACCACCGCAUCGUCGGCGCGCAGGACAAGUUCCUGGUGCUGUCCUCCGACGGGCUCUACCAAUUCUUCACCAACAAGGAGGUGGUGGACCAGGUGGAGGCGUUCACCGCCGCGGAGCCCGACGGCGACCCCGCGCAGCACCUCGUCGGGGAGCUCGUGCACCGCGCCGCGAGGAAGGCCGGCAUGGAGUCACGCCAGCUGCUGGACAUCCCGCGCGGCGCGAGGAGGCACUACCAUGACGAUGUCUCCAUCAUCGUCAUCUCGUUCGAGGGACGGAUCUGGAGGUCGUCUGUCUAG